GUUGAAACUCCUAUGAUGAAUAUGAUUGCUGGUGGUGCAACCGCUAAACCAUUUAUAACUCAUCAUAAUGAUCUUAAACUUGACCUAUUUAUGAGGGUGGCUCCAGAAUUGUUCCUUAAAAUGCUCGUAGUUGGUGGUUUAGAUCGUGUUUAUGAAAUUGGUCGUCAAUUUCGUAAUGAGUCCAUUGAUCUUACACAUAACCCUGAAUUUACUACAUGUGAAUUUUAUAUGGCAUACGCUGAUAUGUAUGAUUUAAUGGAAAUGACUGAAAGUAUGUUAUCUGGGAUGGUCAAAGCUAUCAAUGGUGAUUACAAGAUUAAAUAUCACCCUCAAGGGCCUGAUGGAAUAGAAAUGGACAUAGAUUUUACACCGCCUUUUAAGAGAGUUAGCAUGAUCGAAACACUAGAAAAACGGUUGGAUGUUAAAUUCCCCCCGGCUUCAGAGUUGCAUACCGAUGAAACUAAUAAAUUUUUGCAAGAACUUUGUGAAAAACAUGAAGUAGAAUGCUCGCCACCAAGAACCAAUGCACGUUUAUUAGAUAAGCUUGUUGGCGAAUAUAUCGAGGUGGACUGCGUAUCUCCAACGUUUAUCACUGGUCAUCCACAAAUGAUGUCUCCUCUUGCUAAAUGCCAUCGAGACAUCCCAGGUCUUUGCGAACGAUUUGAGUUAUUUGUCGCCACUAAAGAAGUAUGCAACGCUUAUACAGAAUUAAAUGAUCCUUUUGACCAGCGCGAUCGUUUUGAGGAACAAGCUCGUCAAAAAGAACAGGGAGAUGAUGAAGCCCAACUUAUUGAUGAAACUUUUUGUACAAGUUUAGAAUAUGGACUUCCACCAACUGGUGGAUGGGGAAUGGGUAUCGAUCGUCUUACAAUGUUCUUAACUGAUAGUUCAAACAUUAAAGAGGUCCUUCUCUUCCCUGCCAUGAAACCAAUUGACGAGAAAGAGAAAGAAUUAGUAGCCCAAAUUGAAGCUUCUCUUAAAAAUAACUAA